AAAGCGCAAGAGAGCAAACAACCGCACGAAGCGAUUUCAAACUUUUGAAAGCGAAACUCGAAGCGAAUUCCUGCAGAAGAAUACUAUUCCAAAUAAACUGAACAACAAAAGUGCAUUUAAUACUCACGUGUUUGUUGAAAGUGAACCACAGUCAAACGUGAAAAUGUCGAUUGUACCGAUUUUCUUCCGCAACUGGUGGGAUAACGACUGGGAUCGUCCGGUGUGGAGUUCUCGUCUGUUGGACCAGAAUUUCGGCAGUGGUGUGUCGGCAGAUGACCUUCUCAGCGCCAUGGUAUCCGUUGCCGAUGCACAAAAUCGAGGACAUCACCACGUGGGCCACUAUAAGCGCCCAUGGCACAGAUCCUGUGUCGCCAAGCGUGAUAACGGCUCAACGGUAAACGCCACCAGCGACAAGUUCCAGAUAAACUUGGACGUGCAGCAGUUCUCACCGGAGGAGAUCUCGGUGAAGUACGUUGACAAAUGCAUCGUUGUGGAGGGCAAACAUGAAGAGAAAGAGGAUGAGCACGGCUUCAUCACGAGGAGCUUUGUACGGCGUUAUAUGCUUCCGAAUGGUCACAGCGAGAACGAUAUCGUGUCAUCGCUUUCGUCGGACGGAAUCCUUACCAUCACGUGUCCAAAGAAAGAGCUCGAACAGAAGAAGGAGCGCGCCAUUCCGAUUACUCACACCGGACAACCGAUGAAAAAGCUCGUCGACAAUGCAGCCAAAGAAAACGGAGAAGCUAAAAAAGAAGGAGAGAAAAUGGAGUCUUGAACAAUCCGGUAGAAUGUUACCUCUAUGUUAAGAAAUUUUCAUAAGAUAAUAAUAAAGAGAUUUAAAUCAUUUAAACCAAAUUUUUAUCACUUGCCAACAUUGUGUACUAUUUUCC